AUGGAUCUGCCGUUAAACAUUGACCAGCUCACGGCCCCACCGCAGCUGGACAAACCACCAUUGUCACCAUCGGUGGUGGUCGCUUCUCCCGCUUCGAUCCCGUGUUCUAUUCAUCCACUACCAACAGCAGCCGUGGAUGCAGAGACGUCCUCCUCUCCUCGUGAAGGGGAAGGAGUAUCGCAGCCCCCUCCACUGGACGAGACUGGCAAUGAUGAGCACUUGACCAUUGAAGACCUCUUUGGUGACUUGUUCGAGGUGGGGGAUCAUCGGCCGGUAGACCCUGCGUUGCUCGACACACGUAAGGUGCUUUUGAGCCUUUUCGGCGACCACGUUCGCGAGGAGGAUGUCGACUUUGAGGAUGAAAAGCAAGUCACACUGGCCAAGGAAGUGGCCGACAAUAAGGCGGAAGCUCGGUUUGCUGCGGUGGAAAAGUGCUUUGGGGAGGCAGGUGCAGCUGCUUUAGAAGAUCAGUGCGUUGAGCCCUUUGGAUGUCUGCGGUCAUCGCUUCCGGCCGUGCCGGAUCUCGGCCCACAUGAAGAACUUUGGCUCGCAGACAUGCCCAAAAUUGCUCCCAAUCGCCAAACACUUCACAUGGAACCGCAACCAUUUCUUCCCUCACAAUGCAAACCGCUCAACAGCACGGACCGCAUGCUGUUCACAACGCAGAACGUUGUACGAUGGGCACAUCACAAGGGAACGAACACGUUCAUGAGCAACGCUCGCGUCGUGCGCUGGAGUGACGGUAGUGUGACCUUACACGUGGGUAGUGAUUUGUUUACCUUGCAACACUCAAAGGAAAGCGCCGUUACGAUGCUUGCGGGCCCUGUUGUUGUGCAUAAGGGCACUGUUGGGGUUCCCGCAAUGGUAUCGGCACUCAAUCCAGAAAAGCACCUUGUGGUGGAGGGUGCUUCUGCAUCCUCAAUUGAAGAGGCUGUGAUUGCUGAGAAUGCACGAUUCCGCUCUGUUUCCAAGCGACACAGCCUUGCCUACAGCGCACCGGCGUUACCUAACAUCAAUUGGAAGAUGACAACAGCACGCACUACCAUUGAAGAGUAUGUUAUGAAGGAAUACAACCGUCGGCAGAAACUUAUUGAACAACGUAAGAGAGAGGGACGUCCCAUGACGUUGACGGAGCAAAUGGAAAUGGAAAACGAGCUACUACAACGGCUGAAGACUAUCAGUGCAGAGGAAUUGCUGGAACAACAGCAAGAGCAACAACGGGAAGCUGCUCUACGUUCUGCGAUUCGUCAGCAACCCCAUAGUCGCGGUCGUUUUGAGCGCGCUACAACCCUCGAAGGUGGAGGAGACGUGGCUGCCAAUAGCUACGGGAGAGGUGCUCUGGGCGGAAGCUACGAAGAAGAAGAGGGGGACGGUGAUGCCGAUGAUGACACGUACGAGGUGAUGUUGGAGCGGAUGCAGAAAAAACGUAGGCGGGAGGACGACGCCGACAAUGUCGCGCGUCUGCAUCGCAUUCACCAACGGGAGGAUGCGCAGGUGGCGCGGUACGGACCUCUAAUUGAGGCCUUGCGUGGCAUCGUCCCACAUCUUCCCUCGGGGACAACGGCGCUCGGCGCGGUGCAGGGCACUCUGGAUUUCUUGGGAACAGGCGCCUUCUCCGCCGCCGUGGUCGAGAAGGAGGUGCCGCUGAUGAUGGAGGAGGUUGCUGAUGAGUGUCCUGAUGUGGAUCUUACUGCUGUGCGGAACGAGCUUCAGAAGUUGUUCCCGUGA